AGGGCAACGACUAUACAGGCACACACACACACACACACACACAGCAGUCAUCUGUGCGUCGCCGGACCGUCGGGAUCCAGUCGAACACGAGAGCUCGAAACGCGAGUACGAGCAUACGAGUUGGUGGUAACGCGCGAUCAUCGUCGUCGUACUUAUAUUGUGCGUUGGACACGAGUGCCGACACGAGAGUUGUUGCGUUGCUGCGAACCUGAGCGUUCGGAUUUGAGUUUUGAUAAUCGUGUUUCGAGUGAGAGAUUAUCCGAGGUUCUCAGGAAGUUUCUCUCCCAGAGACCGGCCAGAGUGGACCCAGCGCGGAAGGAGCAGCCGGCCGAUGAUAGCGAAAUUUUCGGCAGACGAGAUCGGUAGUGUGGUAGUCGGUCGGUGGAUAGUGCGAUUUAGAACGUGAAACGUUAAUCGAUCGACGUAGGGAGCGGCGAAUCGCAACCGACAAGCGACCGAGCGGAGGAGGAGUGUAGAGGAGAGCAGGAGGAGGAGGAGGAGGAGGAAGAAGAAGAAGAAGAAGCGCGCGAGGUGAGCCCGCGCGCGCGAGCGUGAAGAGAGACGGUCCGCCGGCUAGGAGGAGAAGGAGAGGAGGAAGAGAAGAGGAGUCGACGGUCGCGCGGUUGCUACGGAAGAGAGGGAGCGCGCGCGAGCGCGGACAAGGGACAUCGCGACAACCGUUCAAGCUGGAUCUCAGGAAGCCGUCGUCGGACAGCGGUGUGGACAAUCGCGAUCGCCACAAAUCGCGAGCACGCGACCGCCGUGUGAUGAGCGAUACGACGGCGGUGCACAUCGACGAGAACAUCGCGAUCAACGGUCAGCCAAUCAACAGCGCUCGCGACAUCAUCGGGGAAGGCAACCGGACACCUCUGCAGAUCCAGAUGGCGUCGAGGAACGGGCAAUCCCGGCCGGGCAAGCGGCCCAUCAAGAACGUCUCGCCGGCCGACAAAGUGGGCGCCAUCGACCGCGUCCACGAGGGCGAGAGCAAGGCUUCGGUCGCUCGGGACAUCGGCGUGCCGGAGUCGACGUUGCGCGGCUGGUGCAAGUCGGAGCACAAGAUCCGCAGCCAGUGCAACAACGUGUCCGCGGAGAUGAUCGCGCGACACUCGCCGGUGAGUAUCGGCGGCAGCCGCCCCAUGUCCGUGAGCGGCCGGCAAUCGGUCGGCAGCCGGCACUCGAGCAACAGCCGCCAGUCGGCCGCCACGCCGCCCGACGAAGACGGCCCGAUCGCCAAGAGGGCCAGGAUCGAGCGCACCGGCCGGCAGAACAACAGCCCGCAGACCGUGAUGGCGGGUCCCUCCACCGGCUCGGCCGGUAGCUUUUUGAGUCGCGUAGAUCGCAGCAUGAUGAACAGCUCGACGAACUACGCGGCCCUGAUGGCGGCGAUGUCAUCAGCGGAUCAGAACCAAAUGGCUCUGACCACGACUCUGUUGCCGGGCCUCAUCGCCAAGGAGCUGAUAGGCUACUCGAGUCAACGCGCUGCCGCCAACACCGUCGGCCUGGUGGAGAACGGCCUGCAGUACACCAGGGCCAAUAACACCACGUUCCCGACGAUGGUAGGGAACAGCAGCGCGACCGUCAGCGGCGGUAGCGGCAGCAGCGUCACCACCGCGGCCACCGACAUCAGCUGUGGCAUCGAUAGCGUUCGCAACACGGUGGGCAGUAUGAUAGGCAACGCUAUGGGAAACGGGCUCGACCAUACCAUCGGCAACAGGAACAUCGCCGUCGCGCCCACCACCGGUACCUCCAGCUCGUACUCGAGCAGAAAAAUGCCGAACGUGACACCCGCAGCGGAGGCGCCGACGACCCCGGCCCCGGCAUCCCCUCACGAGAACAACAACGCUCAGCCGACCACGUCCAGAAAUGCGAGAGGCACCAACAUCGCCACUACCACCACCACCACCAACAACACCACCACCAACAACACCAGCAGCAGCAGCAGCAGCAGCGUCGACGAAGCGAAUAUCGCCGAUACUGCCUUCUGGACGUGGAUGCAGCAGAAUCUCCGGCAACACAUGCAUAUGCUGAGCGAGAACAACGUGGCGACGAACAUGCCGCCGAACCCGUUCGACACGCAGAAGAGCUGGUUCUGGCAGUGGGUAGGUUGCUGCACCUGGCCGCCGAAGGAGCACAUGACCCACGAACAGGCGCAGCACGUGCUGAAUUACUUGUACAACAACAACAACGACUUCAGCACAAUCAGCGACGACAACAACAGCGAGAUGAGGGAUCGCACUCACAGCGACGCCAGCGAGAGAUCGGAGAGCCGCGAGGAGCGCGACAACUCCUUCAGCGGCGCUGCCGCGGCGGCCACCGCCGAGAGAGCGACGCUAACGACGCCGUCCAUGAGCGACACGUCGCUGCUGCCGCCACGAGUGAGGGAGAUACUGCGGGCCGCCAAGAGCGUUCCCAGUAACACCGGGAUCGAAAAGGCGAUCGAAUACGGCACCUGGCUGCAAGAGUGGUUGAACAACUGCUCGAUACCACUGCUGACCACGAAGCAUGUGCUGGAGCACAAAUACAUCGUGGACGUCCUCAAGUGGGUGAAGAACUCACAGUCGACGACGACGCAGGCAGAGGUAGUGCCAGGGAGCUGUAGGGGGGCAUCAUCGACAGCGGAACCACACGACGAGGGAACGCAACUAUGAUGCCGGAAAAUGUCGCAUUCCAUCGUCCGCCGGUUGUGUCGUAAACAGUGAGAGAAAAGGACGAAGUGCCGGAAGGAGAGAGAGAGAGAGAGAGAGAGAGAGAGAGAGAGAGAGAGAGAGAGAGAGAGAGAGAGAGAGAGAGAGAGAGAGAGAGAGCGUCCUUGCGACUCGCGUGUCGCGCGUGAUCUUCUUCUUCUGGACUCAUGAACUCACGCACAACCGGUAAGAGCGACAUUUUUUUGUAUUUAAUUGUAAAUAUAUAAAAUAUGUACAUAAACAAUAUAUAUA